UAUUUCGUCCGUAUUUUCAUUCUCGCCAAACAGCCUACAGCACGCAGGAGAGAGAAGGAGCGCGCCUAGGCUAAUCGGAUUUUAGGGUUGCUCUCCUUUGAUCAUCGCGAAUUUGAUUCUCUCAAACCCUAAUUCUCGGAUCAGGUCUGAGCAUUCUGGUCGUUAGGCUCUUUUCUGUCAACUAAGGUUCAUGUCUGAUCUCGACAUCCAGGUUCCUAGUACCUUUGAUCCUUUUGCUGAUGCAAAUGCUGAUGACUCUGGAGCUGGGGCAAAGGAGUAUGUGCAUAUCCGUAUUCAGCAGAGGAAUGGUAGAAAAAGCCUGACAACUGUCCAGGGGUUGAAGAAGGAAUUCAGCUACAAUAAGAUACUCAAGGACCUCAAGAAGGAGUUCUGCUGCAAUGGCACUGUUGUCCAGGACCCUGAAUUAGGACAGGUUAUUCAACUUCAAGGUGACCAGCGGAAGAACGUCUCCACCUUCCUUGUUCAGGCUGGUAUCGUGAAGAAGGAAAACAUCAAGAUCCAUGGUUUUUAAGUUGAAGCAGCAAAAAUUUCCCAUUACCAAAACAUCCUCCUAUCGUGUCCACCCAUAUCGUACUAUUAUCAUAUCACCUGUGUUGGUUGUUUGACUAUAUAUAUGCAUCCCGUGUUAUCUCAUAUCAUAUUGUCCAGAGUCUGGUUUUUGUAAUCGGUAACCUUGUAUGACUAUGGAAUCUAUGACAGUUUGUUUCCGUGUGGUUAUUGCUAUCCGAAGUUAAACAAGUAGUAGUAUUCUAUUAGCUCGUGCAUCUUAGCUUUCUGAUAGUUAUGUUCCUGAC